CACUAGAUAGCUUUGCAUUUGUUUGAAAAGUACAGCAGUCCCUCCUACUGGACUUUGAUCCAGAAAAACAGCUGUUACCUAACUGAACCACAGACCAUCACUGGAGCAACUGUGUGAAGAAUGUUCUUUAGUUUUUAAAAAUUGGUUAUGCACAUAUGAUUUAUUUAAGCUUUCAAAAUGGUUACAAAAGUUUUUAUCGUCCUACUUUUGUUGUUUGUGUCUCUGGGAGAGGCAAGGAAGUCAUUACAGAGUUUUCUGACUAUAGAGAAAACUGAAAUAUUAUUUUUCACAAAGACUGAAGAAAUCCUCACUGUAAGGUCAAGCUACAAAGAUAAACGGCCUAACUCCAGCUACCUCUUUGUGCAAUUGGAAGAUCCCAAAAUGUUACAAGUGGUGAAUGUGACCAAGACCUCGUCAGAUGUUACAAACUUUAGCAUAAAGCUAGUGACAGAUGAAGAAGGAGAAACGAAUCUGACCAUUCAGCUCUGGGAUUCUGAAGGUGGGCAAGAAAGACUCAUUGAAGAAAUAAAGAAUGUCAGAGUCAAAGUGCUCAAACAAACAAAAGACAGUCUUUUCCAGGCAUCAGUAAAUAUUGAUAGAAAUAUCAUAAUGCUUAUUUUACCAGUGAUAUUGUUGAAUAAAUGUGCAUUUGGUUGCAAGAUUGAAUUACAGGUGUUUCAAACAGUAUGGAAGAGACCUUUGCCAGUAAUUCUUGGGGCAGUUACACAGUUUUUUCUUAUGCCAUUUUGUGGAUUUCUUCUGUCUCAGAUUUUGGCAUUGCCUGAGGCACAAGCUUUUGGAUUUGUGAUGACCUGCACAUGCCCAGGAGGGGGUGGGGGCUAUGUCUUUGCUCUGCUUCUAGACGGAGAUGUCACUUUGGCCAUUUUGAUGACUUGCACCUCAACAUUACUGGCUCUGAUAAUGAUGCCUGUCAAUUCUCAUAUAUACAGUAAGGUAUUAGGGUUAUCAGGUACAUUUCAUAUUCCUGUUUCUAAAAUUGUGUCCACCCUCCUUUUCAUACUUAUACCAAUAUCAGUUGGAAUAGUCAUCAAGCGUAGAAUACCCGAAAAAGCAAUCUUCUUAGAGAGAAUAACUAGACCUCUGAGUUUUAUUUUAAUGUUUAUAGGGAUUUAUUUGACUUUCAGAGUGGGAUUAAUGUUUCUAAAAAUAGCUAAUCCAGGGGUGCUUCUGUUGGGUCUCUUAGUUCCUGCUUUGGGUUUGUCAUUUGGGUACUCCUUUGCUAACGUUUGUAUGCUGCCUCUUCCUGUUUGUAAAACGGUUGCUAUUGAGAGUGGGAUAUUAAAUAGUUUCUUAGCCCUUGCCAUCAUUCAGCUCUCUUUUUCACAGUCCAAGGCAGAGUUAGCCUCUGUGGCUCCUUUUAUAGUAGCCAUGUGUUCCGGAAGUGAAAUGUUGCUGAUCCUUCUUGUCUACAAGGCUAAGAGAUUUAUUGUAGAAGAUAAAAGAAAAAAAAAUUUCCUACUCUAAUAAAGCAUUACUGAAUUCUUACUCUAGGAGAGGCACUGUGGGAGAUUCAAAGAAUAUCUAAAAUAAUACCUGUUUACAAGCCACUUGUGAUCUGGUUUAAAUUUGAAAUUGGGAGCAGGGAGGAAAGAAUAUGUAAUCAUAUAUGCUAAUUCCCUAAUGAGUGGCACAGACAGUAAAAUACUACACAGGACUAAUAAGGAAGCAGAUAAUUUUUCGUAAACAUUUGGUAAAUGAUCACUUAGUGAAUGAAUAUAUAAAUUCCUAUUGAAAUCUCUCACUGGCCCAUCGAAAUCAAUAUGUCUUAAAGUGUAUGUCACAUCUCUGUUCUCAGAGCUUCACUUUCUUCCAUCUUCCACAUCUCCCACCAAAGGCAUUACCCUUUACCCCGAAACACAGGUCCGCUCCUCUCCCUCUUCUUUCUUUUGUCAAUUUCUUUUUUCAUAGUCGACCUAUUUCCAAUGGAAAAUGCCCUAUAAUAUCUUUUAAUCAGUCUCUUCUCCAUUCCCAGUGCUAUUCCUUUUGUUCUGCACUAUAUCGCUUCUUCUCUAAAUCUUUCUAAACUGGCGUCUGGCCUCUCUGUCAACCCUCUAGUCACUGCCAGACUAAUCUUUCUGAAAUCUAACUUUGACCAUGUAAUUUCCCUGCAAUGAAGCCCUUUGGCCUUUCAAAUAAGGUUUGUAUUCCCUAGUGAGGCAUUUAUUAUUCUCUACUCUCUGACCUUAAUCUAGCUUCCCAGUUUUAUCUCCUCUUUCUCUUAUUUACACACAGUCUUUGCUGCAAUCAAACAAAGGAUAUAUAACUUGGCAUACAUGGGGGUCAUGAUGUUCAUAACAGACAACUCGGCCUCUCUUAUAGCUGUUUUUGUUCCUGCUGUCUAAUUCCAAUGUUGCUAUAAAUCCUUGAACAUAAAAAUUAUGUUUAUUUGUUCUGAUACUUUCCAUCAUGUCUAGCACAAUAUUUUCUAUGUGCUUAUUCAAAUAGAGUGUUGAAACACAGACUAGGGCCCAAAUGAAUAGUAUGUAUUUUUUUAUACCACUUUCAAUUUUCAAUGGAAAUUUUUAGUAUAUAGUUCCAAUCUACACUCUUCAACAAAGAAAGUAUAGGCAUCAAGAAUAGGAACUAUAAAUCUAAAAAAAUUUUCCUUUUUCUAUUUCCUAGCUUCACACUUAUGGGCAAAUUCUUUAAUCUCCCUACAUUCCAGUUUCCUCAUUUCAGAAAUAGAGAGAUAAUGGUGUCACCUCCAUCAGACUGUACUAGGAAUUGUAGGAAAUCAUACAUGUAAUGUGCUAAGAAGAAUGUCUGACACAUAGUAAGUGCACAGUAUUAGCUGAUAUUGUUACUUUAUCAGAGUUUUAACUUUCAACCCUGAUAUACUGAUCUCAUAACCUUGUAUGGAGCCUAAUACUUUCAACAUUUUUCUAUCAGGGUUAUUCACUAUCUUACUCAUAGUAUUAGGGAAUUUUUGUUUUCUUCACCAGCUCAUAAGACAAGCAAGCUUCUUUUUUCUGAUGUCACAAAAUCCAGGAUAUGAAUAUCAAGAUUUAUAAAAGACCUGGUGUGACAUGAUGAUAAAUUGUUUUUUGAUUUAUGAAAUGAUAAUUGCCUACAUAGUAUAUUUUAAUCUUUUAAACAGAAAUUUCCACUUAGAAGUUUAAAAUAGAAUCAAAUUUGUACGAGUUGAACUUACAUACAUUUUAAUAAACAUAUUUUACUAGUGGGGGUACAGGAGACAUACCUUUGUAAUUGUACUUUAUUAUUAAGCUUGUGACCUAGAAUAAGACACUUGUCUGCACUUAAGUUUUCAAAUCUGUAAAAUAAAAAGCUUUAACUAAGGUUUAAGUUUUUGCUCACCUCUGUAAGUCUGUUAUUCUGGUAUAAAAAUCUAGGACCUAGCACCAUGGGUAAGAAAGAGUAUGGUGUGAAGAGAAGAAAGUUCAGGUUGAGAAUAACUACAUUGCUUUUCCUUUUUAAUUAGGGCAACAACCAAACUAGGAGCUUCCUGAGGGCAAGGACCACACACUAUUCUUUGAAUUUCCUACAGUGUUUCCAGGAUGCAUUGAACAGAGUAGGUGCUCAUUAAACAUUUAUUGAAUUAAUUAAUUAGUAAUAUCUAUAAAGGUCAGAAUCAGAUACUCUGGAGCCAGACUAUGGCUGGGCUGCAGUGCCAGCUGAGUCAAUUUACUACCUGGUGACAUUAGACAUGUUACUUAAUCUCUCUAUGCCCAAAUUCAUGUAGAAAAUGGGGGAAAUGAUAGUACCUACUUCAUGGUCUUGUUAUGAGGAUUAAAUGAAUUAAUAUGAACAAGGUCCUCAGAACAAUGCCUAACAUAACCUAAGCUCUAUUUAUUAUUACUUUUACUCUAUGUAUAGUUGAAUGAUGUUAUACCUCAUAAAGCAAUUGAAAGUGCAUGGAUGGAAUUUGGAAUAUAUUUUAUUUCUUUUAUUGAUGUAUCAGGGAAGACAGAUUUUGCACAGUAAACUUGUCUGAAAAUUUGGAUGAAGACGAAAUGACUCAAGUUAUUGUUUUUGGUUUUUUUUUU